UUGGACAACAAAUUACCAUCAUCGACAAACGCUCUCUCGCCCGCUAACCCGUGCAUCAUGCUGCGGAACUGGGCCUCAGUGUCGUUCUGUGGGGCAACUGCUUUCGCACAAGGAUAUGACCCCUCGCACGCCAUGACACAAACAGUAUCUCGCAUCAUGUGAUAACGUUAGUCAACUUUGUGGAUAAAAACUAGCCUAACCAAAGCUGGGUUAGCGGGACGGGGUGAAAGAUGCUUCCCGUUCCCCCCUGUCCAGCUAGUCUAAAAAGAGUCGAAUGCUAUGGGUUGGAGCUAUGUUAUGAAUUCCAGAACUUCAGAAAUGAUCGCACAAGCACCAAGAGCAGUGGUGAUCUCCCUGCUUGGGUACAGUAUACAAUAGAACAGAGAUCUAUUCAGAUUUUCAAUAAAAAACGCUCGUGUUGUAUGUUCCGGAAUUGGAUUCCCCAUUUUCCAGGCCCGUUUACCAGAACGGAUUCCUCAUUUUCCAUUUUCCACUUUACGAAACCGUGUUUCAUUUUCCAUUUUCAACUCCCCGUAAAUUUCAUUUCUCUUUGA